AUGACUGUUCUUACCGCCUUGCAGGUGAGGGCGAGGGAGAUGCGCGAGGCGAGAAGGAACAGCCUCGAUCCCGUCGAGAGGUAUCUCAUCACACUUGCAGCCUUUCACCUCAACGUCACGGAGGAGGAGGCAGAAGAGUCGCUGAUUGAUUCCGAGAAUUAUGCUUCGGUGGUCAAAUUCAAUCGCUACAAUUCCAACGGCCGCGUUUUAUGCGUUCAUGUGCAGACGUCGAACAUCGCUGAAGUUGCAAUUGACUUUGCUCUUUGGUUGGACCUUUGCUCCGGCCGCAGACUCCUUUUCUUGAUUCGGCAUUGUUUCCACUCAACUUGUGCACACAUGCACUUUUGGCCCGACUGGGAUGAGCCAAAAUCAGUCUCCUCUUUCAUCAUUGUCAUGUCUUUUCAAGUGUCCAAUCGUACUCGCACACAGCACCCAUGCAGAUGUUGCAAAGCUGGAAUUCGACGAGUCUUCGGAGGUAUCGUUUAUUUCACUCAAAAGGGACCAGCGAAUGGAAGCUUCGUCAAUCGUUCGAACGAGGCUCCAAACUCCGUCGCAGGCUUCGAGGUCACGAGGGACGAUGGAGUUUCGAGACUGUCCGAAACAUUCCUGACCGACGGGAUUUAUGCUGCAUUUUUCCACUCUUUUUGCCAUCUUUUACCUCCUAAACUGGAUUGA